CAGAAAAACAAAUUCAGCUUCUCAGUAGCUUAACCUUUCUCUGUUUUCCCCCCAAUAUGCAGUUGCUACAAUCGCCAGCCAUGCGGCCGCUCUACCUCUCUUAUUGUUUCUCUUCUUCUCGCUACCUUGCCACCAUAACCUUUUCUUCUUCUUCCAAUCUUCUCCCUAAAUCAAUCCUCCCCACUUUCCGAACCAACCGCGGAUUCAACUCCACUCCAUCAAUAUCCCGUCUUUCGAUUCGGAAUUGCAGUUCCAUCUCCGCUAAGCCGUCUUCCGGGCUCCGGCGGCAAAAGGGCUCCUCAGAUAGCUCUGAACCAGACGACAAGAAGCUCCGAGCUCUUCGGCAGCUGUUCUCCAAACCCGGGAUUGGAAUCGACGCUUACGUUAUCCCUUCUCAGGAUGCUCACCAGAGUGAAUUCAUUGCCGAGUGUUAUAUGCGGAGAGGGUUUAUCUCUGGGUUCACUGGAAGUGCGGGAACUGCUGUGGUUACUAAGGACAAAGCCGCUCUUUGGACUGAUGGCCGUUACUUUCUCCAGGCUGAGAAGCAGCUGAAUUCUAGUUGGAUUCUGAUGCGGGCGGGGAAUGUUGGAGUUCCAACAGCUAGUGAAUGGUUGAAUGAUGUCUUGGCUCCUGGAGCCAAAGUUGCCAUUGAUCCUGUGAGCAAUUUCGUCUCUAACUUUGAUGCAUUGAACUGGCUACAACAGUUCCUUUUCUCUUUUGAUGCUGCUGAGGAACUGAAGGAUGACAUAGCUAAGAAGAAUCACGAGUUGGUUUACUUGUACGAUGUGAACCUCGUGGAUGAGAUAUGGAAGGAUUCGAGACCAGAUCCUCCAAAUGCACCUAUCAGGGUGCAUGAACUGAAAUAUGCAGGCGUUGAUGUAGCAUCUAAGCUAUCGUCCCUUAGAUCUCAGCUCGCUGGAGCUGGUUGUUCGGCCAUUGUUGUUUCGAUGCUUGAUGAAAUUGCUUGGCUCCUGAACUUGCGAGGCGGUGAUGUUCCCCAUUCGCCUGUUAUGUAUGCAUAUUUAGUGGUCACGAUGGAUGAUUCCAAAUUAUUUGUUGAUAGUUCUAAAGUCACUUCACAAGUCUUGAUUCACUUGAAGAAUGCAGGUGUCGAAUUGAGACCAUAUGCCUCCAUUCUUUCCGAGAUCGAAAGUUUGGCUUUCAAAGGUACUGAACUAUGGUUGGAUCCAUCUUCUAUUAAUGCUGCCAUAGUGAAUACGUACAAGGCUGCUUGUGAAAAACACCUAGAAGGCCUUGGAAGCGAAGGUACCGGCAAGAGUAAAAAUCGUGAAGUAUCUAAUUGCUCCAGUGGUCAAUCUUGGGGACCAUCCGGAGUUUAUAGGGCAUCCCCUAUCUCUUUGGCAAAGGCAGUGAAAAAUGCCAGCGAGUUAGAAGGCAUGCGAAAUGCUCACCUGAGAGAUGCAGCUGCCUUAGCACAGUUUUGGGCCUGGCUGGAGGAUGUAAUUCACGAGGGUGCAAAGCUAACCGAAGUGGACGUUUCUGAUAAACUUCUCGAAUUUCGAAAAAAACAGGAUGGAUUCAUCGACACUAGCUUUGAUACAAUAAGUGGUUCUGGUGCAAACGGUGCAAUCAUACACUAUACACCUGAACCUGAGAAUUGCAGCAUUGUGGAUCCGAAGAAACUCUUUCUAUUAGACAGUGGAGCUCAAUACAUCGAUGGAACAACAGACAUAACAAGGACAGUGCAUUUUGGUGAACCAACUGCACAUGAAAAGGAAUGCUUCACCAGGGUUUUACAGGGCCACAUAGCUCUGGAUGAAGCAGUAUUCCCUGGAACUACUGUUGGCUUUGUACUAGAUGCAUUUGCCCGUUCCUUUCUGUGGAAAAUCGGCCUUGAUUACCGCCACGGAACCGGGCAUGGUGUGGGAGCUGCUCUGAACGUUCACGAAGGCCCUCAAAGUAUCAGCUUCCGACAUGGGAACACUACUCCCUUGCAGGAGGGCAUGAUAGUCAGCAACGAGCCUGGAUACUACGAAGAUCAUGCUUUUGGCAUCCGGAUCGAGAAUCUCCUUCAUGUGAAAGAGGCAAACACUCCAUACCGUUUCGGGGGAAUACGCUACCUGGCUUUUGAGAAACUCACGUUCGUCCCCAUUCAGAACAAGAUGGUGGAAGUAUCGUUACUAUCUAAUACAGAGAUUGAUUGGCUUAACGAUUACCAUUCACAAGUCUGGGAGAAGGUCUCCCCUCUAGUUGAAGGUUCUGCUUCACAAUGGCUUUGGGACAACACCAGACCGCUCGUCCGGCAGUGAUUGUUGUGUUCCUCCGCUUCUGAUUUCCCCGUGUAUAGAAGGAGAACCUUCAUGCUCAUCAUUAGCUAGUUUUUGUUGUACUGUUCUCCACUAUACACACACUAUAAUUUGUGUUCUUUCGAAACUACCAUUUGAAAUCACGUAUUCUCAGAAUCAGUGUAUUAUACAUAAGAUAAGAAUAUAUCAUGAUUGUGAGUCAUGUAUUAUUAUUUGUCUAGGUUCAGUUUAUUUAUUUUCAGGAAAUAAAAAAUUAAUCGGUA